UAAGACGUUUUACAAUUUAAUGGUUUUCAUGAAUGGACUGGGAUCCGACCCUCUGUCAGCAAAGGAGGCAGAGGGCCCUCCGGUUCAAGUUGAACCAGUUGAUUUGAGUCUACGUUCGCCGCGCGCGAGCACCUCGCACGCCACCAGCCCCAGCAGCAGCGGCAGCACCACUAGAAAUAGCAACAAAUCCGCCACCAAAGUCGGACCUAGCACCAAGGCCUACAGCAGCUCCAACAGAAACUACAGCAACGGUAACUACAGCAAUGGCAAGCAGGCCUCAUCGUGCUCAUCCUCCGUUGGCGGCUAUUCAAAUGCUGCUGGUUCUACGCUGGGCGUCUUCGGGCGACAGCAGCAGCAGCAGCAGCAGCACCAGCAGCAGCAGCAGAUGUAUUCUUCAAGCGUCUCCAAGCUACCAUUCUCGCCAUUCUUCGCAGCAUCGCCAUUCUUCUUCACGUAUCGACGCAUCAGCAAGCAGGAGGACAACAAUAAUAGCUGCAGCUACAAUAACGGCAGCAGCAGCAGCAGCAGCGCCAGCAACAGCAACAGCGCCCUCAUGCAGGACUACGAUCGCAAGUUUAGCUUGCUGAGCCUCUUCAAGAGUCCCUACAAAAUUACCGAUGCCCAAGAAUCCCGUAAGGGCUCCUCGACGAGCGGCGGUAGCAGCCUCAGCAGCAGCAAGUCCGCAAGCACAGGAGCAACUGCUGGUGGCAUGUGCUCCUCGCCCAGCUGGAAGAGCUACUCAGGCUCGGGUGGGUCACCGCAUGCGGCACUGAACCCCGCCUUUGGCGGCCUGGCACUGGGUGGCGGUGCGCGCAAGGACAGCAGCAGCAGCAGUAGCUUUAGUGGCAUCAAUUUCGGCGGCAGCAGUGCGAUCAGCGGCUCCUCGUUUAGUCGCGACGUCGCCUCCAAUGGCAGUGGCUUCAAUGAUCUCUAUAAGAACCGAAAGGUACACAAGUGCGACACGGAGGGUUGCGACAAGGUCUACACCAAGAGCUCGCAUCUCAAGGCGCACAAGCGCACGCACACAGGUGAGAAGCCGUACGUGUGCACCUGGGAGGGUUGCAUCUGGCGCUUCGCCCGUUCCGACGAGCUGACCCGUCACUACAGGAAGCACACGGGUGUCAAGCCCUUUCGCUGUCAGCUCUGCACCCGCAGCUUCAGUCGUUCCGAUCACCUGUCGCUGCACAUGCGACGUCACUGAGCCACAGGCCAUAUGGGAAUACUCAAAAAAUAGCCCCGACUACGACCACGCCCACAACCAUGCCCACAACCACGCCCAUAUAGACAUCAUACAUAGGAAAAUGCCCACGAUGAGGCCGUUUUGUUUUGACAUUUUCUACUUAUUAUUUAUAAA